AUGGCCUCAGAAAUACGCGAAGGAGUGCAGAUUGACGGCAAAGACUUUUGCUGCACCUUCAUGGCAUACUCUGAGAACUUGCUUGAGGCUAAACGUACUCCCGAUCCGGACCAAGUGGCAGACCAGCCUUGCAAGCAUUGCGUUAGGCAGCAUCCGUAUCUCCUGGAGGAAGCAAGAAAGGAACGCCGGUGGCUCAGAAAGCUCCGGAGCGACCCCACCAACAACCCAAGUCUCGACGAUCAGUUCGAAAAGCUGAAAGAUGAGUUGCCGAAGCCCCCGGCUGGGCAGUACGAAUGUUACUUCCGUAACAUCGAUGAAAAUAAAAAGCUCGACCACGAUUACAGCUGGUUCAGUGACAUGCUCGAAGCAAGAGGAAUGCACAAUAGAAACCAGGAUAUACGCUGGCCUUACAUUAUUCUCUGCGAAACAGUAGAGAACCCGUCGGCGCUCUGCGAAGACUGUGUCGAAGUCAUGCAUGAUCAACGGUACGUAAAGGUCAAGGAAUUCAUUGAGGAGAAGGGAUCAAAACAGCAGAAGAAGCUGUUUACGGAUAAUGGAGUACUCACUCAUACGUGUAUGUUGCGAGACAUACCACAGGAGAAAGAUUUGGUUGGUUUGUAG